AUGAAAAAAUUAAAGAAAUAAUAACUAUAAAAGAGAUGUUUUACGAAAUAACAAGAUAAUGUUGAAUAAUAAGCUAAAUAAUAGGAGAGUUAUUAAAUGAAAAAAGGAAAUGAUGUUAAAUUGUAAUUAAUUGAUGAUUCACAAAAAUAAAAGGACAUUUGUUAUUGUAUUUUUUCAAUAACACUUAAUAAAUUAAGGUAUCUAAUGAAGGAAAGAAAAUAAAAAUAUGGGAAUUUUAUUAAGAAAGAUUGAAAUUAUUAAAAGUUAUUAAAGCUUGUAAUAAUACUAUUAAUUGUUUGGUUAAUAGUAAACAAUCAAAUAAUUUUAAUCGGGUUCUGGAGAUAAUUCCAUCAAUUGCAGGAAAUAUCAAUGAAUCAAAUUGGAAACCUUACAAAAAAUUCGAACAAAAUAAGGCGUUUUUUUUUGCUUGUUUAAUUCUAAAUGAAUAGAAGGAUUAACUUAUAUCGUGCGGCUGUGAUAAUUCAGGAAAAGUUUGGAAAAUAAACUUUAUGAACUAAAAUUUGGAUUUCUUAUUCAUUGAAACUAAAUGGCGACUUGUGGUAUCGACAAUUAAAUCAUAUGGCAAAAAGGCUCAUAUGGUCUAUCGAUGUGAUGAUUAAAAAAAAUAAUGA